CAUCAAUUAACAUAAUUAAUUUCCUUGUUGUUGUUAUUGUUGAUGUUGUUGUUGUUGUUGUUGUUGUUGUUGUUGAUGGAUGCAAAUUAAAAUGAUCUGGACGUUAAAUAUACAUCGAUCAGAUCCAGAGUCUGAGGUCGUGGCACUGUCCCCCAAGACGCUGAUGGCCACCAACAGGUUUGUGUGCGAGAUCUGCAGCAAAGGGUUUCAGAGGGAUCAAAACCUGCAGCUCCACAGGAGGGGCCACAACCUCCCCUGGAAGCUCAAGCAGCGGCCCAAGGAGGUGAGGAAGAAGGUGUACAUCUGCCCCGAGCCGACGUGCGUCCACCACGACCCUUCCCGGGCCCUCGGCGACCUCACCGGCAUCAAGAAGCACUUCAGCCGGAAGCACGGCGAGAAGCGGUGGAAGUGCGACAAGUGCUCCAAGAAAUACGCCGUCCACUCCGAUUGGAAGGCUCACUCCAAGAUCUGCGGCACCAGGGAAUACAGAUGCGACUGCGGCACCCUUUUCUCAAGGAGGGACAGUUUCAUCACUCACAGAGCCUUUUGCGAUGCACUGGCAGUCGAAGGUAGCUCCGGGGGCAUUUCAGCGAACACCAUGGCUGCAGCCCGCCGCCACCCACUUCAGUUAAUCUCCCAUCCGGCAGCAGCAGCAGCAGCAGCAUCACAUUCACUCGAGCCCUUCUCUCUCCACUUCCACAGUAACCAACAAGUGCAGCAGAUGAAGCAGUUCGGCACUGUUCUUCCACCAUGGCUAAACUACCAAGGCAGCACCUCAUCCAAUUCCCUCAGCCAUCUCAAUUAUCUCGGCGAUCAGCAUGAGUACCCUAAUCAUGGCGGUCCUCCUCCUCCUCUUCCUCCUCCUCCUCUUAAUUUCACAGUCACUGCUCCACACAUGUCAGCCACCGCGCUGCUGCAGAAGGCAGCUCAGAUGGGUGCAACUCUGAGCACUGGUAGACCUCAAAUGGCACCUCACGCAGGUGCCAAUGCUGCUGAUGGAUUUGGACUUGGCUUAAUGGAAGCCAGUGGUGGCGGCGGUGGUGGUGGAGGAGGAGGAAGCUAUGGACAACUAGUAGCACCUCCUCACCUCCUUGAAGAUAUGAUGAUCAUGAACAACAACCCUCUCUCUUCAUCAACUAAUCCAGGGUUUGAUGGACCAUUUGAUCAGGAUGCAUUUGAUGGAAUCAUGGGAUCCAAAAGGGAAGGGAAUAGCUUCAUGGUAAGAACACAAGGUGGCGGCGGCGGCGGCAGUGAUGGGAUGACAAGAGACUUCCUAGGUCUAAGGGCAUUUUUCCCACAAGGUUAUCCUUAACUUGUUGAUAGGUUGGUGCAAAAAUUAUACAUUGAAGGAGAUAUAAUAUUACUGCAGAAUUUGAGGGGUAUAUAUCUUAUUAUUCCUUGUUAGUUUCUUGAAUUAAUAUUUGUACUCCAAAAAUGGAGAAAACUUGUUGUUAUCUCUGAAAAACAGCAUAACUAUAUCCAAGAAUAGUCCAUGCAAGGACAUUCUUGUUAUGAA